GUUAUAUUUUUGGGGCUUAAACAGCAUUUAAGAAAAUUGAUUGAAAAUUGAGAGGCAGAGCGGCGGAGACGCUUCGGACUUCUCAUUUUCCCUUGUAACUUGCAACUUACAACUGCAAUAUAAAGGGUUUAUCAUCUUUUACUUGCAGCUAAGCUUCAAUGGCUUUCUGGGGAACCGAAGUGAAGCCUGGAAGACCAUUCAGUCAUGCACCUCUCAACGGAAGGCUUCAUCUUUCCCAGGCAACACUAGGAAUGGGUAAUGGAGCACAGAAAAGCAUAGUUCAAUGUAAUGUGGGAAAUAAGAGGCCAGUGUUUGUAUGCAGUUUGCUUCCUGAAAAGGCCGAGUGUUGUCAAGUCAAUUUGGAAUUUGAAGAAUCUGAUGAAGUUGUGUUUUCUGUUAUUGGCCCUCGAACUGUUCAUCUUUCUGGUUUCUAUCUGCCCACUUCCUCCCAUAAUGGUCAUAAUGAUGAAUCGCUGCUCAGAGAAUCAUAUGGAGAAGAUAUUGCAGAGACAGAAACAGAAAGAACAAAGAAUAGCGAAGAAAGUGAGUAUGGCGGCAGUUUUAUCGAUGAUGAUGAUCCACAAGUCUUGCCAUCUUCUCCAGACUCUUAUGCUCAACCAGGAUCAAAUGAAGAAAUGUUGGACUUAAAGAAAUCUAAGAAUGGCAAAGGAAGGUGUCGGCUUAGGAAAAAAUUCCAGUUUAAUGAAUCUGAAAAUGAUGACAGUUUUCAGCAAAAAGAUUUCACCGGAGCUGUUGCUGCCAUGGAAGUAUUGGACAGUGAAACUGAAGAUGCAUUGCCUAUUUCCUCUCUCUGUAAGGCAAAACAAGCAUCAAAUAGUAGAAAGGCAGAUAUGGAGGAAAAACCUGGGAAGGAAACAGAAAAGCUUAACCACAAUGAGACUAAAGAUGAAGCUACCAUGUUAGAAGGGAGUAAUGCUGCAAUAGGUGUUCAGCCCAAAAGUGAAUCAAGUGCUAGGAAUGAAGAAAAACAAAAGCAUGUGCUUGGUGUUGAUAAUGCUUUAAUGCCAAAGAAGAAAAGACAAGAGCUGACAGAGGAGGAAAGAUUUCCUGAAGCUGAUCAUGGCAUGAUUGGAAACAUGGAGUUGGAGCAAAAUGACCAAAAUCAGAAGCUGGCUAGUAAUGAGGAAAAUAAGCACAAUGAUCUCUUGCUGGCUUCCAGUCAGGUGGGUCUUGAAGAUAAAGCAAAGCUAAAGAGGAAAAGGAAAGAACAUGCAAAAGAGAAAAUGCUCAAAGACAAUGCUGCCAAAGAGGAUGAAGGUCAGAAGGGUGAUUUGAAUUUGGAUUCUGGAAUUAAGGAUGUACAUGUAGAGGAUAAGGAAACUCAAAAGGAAGUUAAUGAUAAUAGGAAAAAGAAGAAAAGGUGUAAGAAUAAGGAGGAUGGGGAUGCUAUGAAGAUGGAACCACCUGUCUUAUCAGCCCACGAAAAGAAUAGAUCUGUGGCAAUGGAAGGCAACGAUGCUAAUGACAAGGCAAUUCAGCUGUCGAAUGGAAUCAUCAUUGAGGAGUUAGAAAUGGGGAAACCAGAAGGCAAAAUAGCUACUCUUGGUAAAAAGGUUCAUGUCCAUUACACUGGAAAGUUGAAGGAGAGUGGGCAAGUAUUUGAUUCAAGUGCUGGCAAAGCUCUUUUCAAGUUUCAUCUAGGAGGGGAAAAAGUUCCAGAGCUAUGGAAUGUUGGCCUUGAUGGCAUGCGAGUUGGUGGCAGACGCAGACUCAUUGUUCCACCAUCAGUGAGCUAUAGAAAUGAAGGAGCUCGUGAGAAUGUUCCACCCAAUUCCUGGCUGGUUUUUGAUGUUGAAUUGGUUAAAGUUAGGUGAUUGGGUGGCAGCACCACUUUUGUUUAGGCCUUGCUAAAGCUAUAUUAAUUCUUCUAACAAAUAGAAGAUUUCAGAAAUGAUCUUUUAGAUAUACUUGCAACUGAGAGUUUCAGUUGUGGACUUGGCAUUUUUACAAUGUUUGUUGCUUGGAAAGGUUUGAAGUGAAAAUAUGAAGCAUUGGAUUUAUGCAGUAAUUAAAAAUUGUUUUUGUUUUCCAUGCUGAAAAAGUUUGUAUUUGUUCAUACUUUUUAAUGUCAAAUGAAGCAAAUAUUUCAGCAGGAUUUUUUUCCUGGGGAAUUAACCAAACAAAAAUGGAAGCAGAGAAAUUGAACGUUGAUGAUAUUUUGGCUGAAAAAAAUAUGCCUGGUGAAUGUGGCAAAUUUCGUUCAUAUUUCAUUUAAAUUCUAAUGGA